ACGAUAGAGAGGGAAAAUUCAGUUCCGGAACCCGAAGCACGCUUAGUUGGGACUUCGGAGGCUCAGAGCAGUCGUGUAUGGUGGAAAGGUGCUGUAGACAUUAACGAAAUGAGUGAAGAAGGAGAAGGUCCAAAGCUCUACGCCAACAAGCCUCGAAAAGAGCAACUGAAGCAAGCUCGAGAGCAACAAAAAGCGAAGGCGUUCUCCUCGCCAAUGUCGUCGUCUUCGUCCUCUGCGAUGGGGACCCAGCAGCAGCAGCAGCAGCAGCCGCCGCCGCCCAAGGAAUCGUUUGUUCGUCGUUACAAAUUUGUCUUGCCCAUGAUUUUGGCCGUAAAUCUUGCCGUCGGAGCUUAUUUGUUUGUAAGGACGAAGAAGAAAGAUAUACCUGUGGAGGAGGAACAGCAUGCGCCACCUGUUUCAACUAAAGAUGCUACAACCCCUGCUGUGCAGACAUCUGUGUCCCCACUGCCCAUGACAGAGCAAGUGAUCAGACGAGAGCCAAUUCCAGAAAACCAGCAGCGUGAACUAUUCAAGUGGAUUUUAGAAGAGAAAAGAAAGGUCAAACCAAAAGAUCCUGAAGAGAAGCGGAAACUUGAUGAAGAGAAAGCUGUUCUGAAGCAGUUCAUCCGGGCCAAGUCUAUUCCACGCAUCUAGGUGUUCAUCACCUAAAUGCCAUGUUAUUUGAAUUCAAAUGGGCUUGAAUUGAUUUUUCAACUCUUUCCUUUUCUGUUUUACUUGCUCCAUUUUGCAGAUAUUGGCAAUGGUCGAUGUACAGAUUCCCACUUUGUCUGAUAACGUAAUUUGCUCAUGUAUUGGACCAUUGGCUUUCUAAUUAGAUCUUUUUUCAAGAAGUUGGCGGCAA